GAUUGGCAGAGCCCAUUACAGCAUCCCUAGGCCUGAUAUGUUCCUCUUCUCACGUAAGACCAAGACCCCCAUCAGCACCUACACUGAUUCCUACAGAGUUCCUACCUCCAUCAAGGAGGUCUACAAGGACCCAUCUCUCCGCGUCUGGGAGGCCAAUAAGUCUGUGACCAGGGGCCUUACUCAGCGCAUGCAGCAGCCGGAGUGUUCUAACACAGCUCUGCAGAAGAUGGUGAACUGCACUGUGCAGGACUACCCCUUUAAAGACUCUUUCACAGGCCACCCCUACUUCCCUGAGAAAUACUGGAUCUCUCCAUUGGCAGCUAACAGAUGCCCCCCAAACUACCAAUGGGAAGACCAGUACAACCCCUGGAGAAUGGAGCCUUACUACUAUACCUGCUGGAACAAUAGAUACCUCACACGCCUUCCCCAGCUGCCCAAGAUGCCGGGGAUGGAGACAACGGGUGGAGGAAUGCCGGUGGAGUGUACCCGUAGACCGGAGCAACUCAGUCCUUGCGAGAACGAGGUGAUGGCGAACAUGCUGCACUCGCUGUCCCGGUACCAGCCGCUGCCGCAGAUCUCACCGCGAUACGGCUGCGUGGACCCACUCCGGGGUCGCAUGCCUUACCAGGGCUAUGAAAGCCCUUGUUCUGGUCGCCACUACUGUCUGCGUGGGAUGGAUUACUUAGUCGCCGAGGACCCCUGCAACGAGACCAGCCGGCAGACACUGCGCCCUCAGCAACCGAUUGAGUAUAUCACCGUACGAUCACCGGCCCGGAAUGCAGUGUGCUGUUCUGACGCCCCCGCCGUCAUUCUUCCCUUGUCCCAAUCUUAAAUGGGAAACAAGUCAUUUCAAGAAGACCAGUGGUGCAGAGAAAGACAACUAUGUAAUUCAUCCUGAGUUUACAUCAGAGAUCUAUCCUGAUGGCUGUUAGAACCCAAGGCUGGUGGAAACAAAG